AUGGAUCGAUUCUCUAAUUGUUUCGUAUUCAAUCAUUCCAAGAUUCAUGAUUGUCAAGGUUAUAGUGAUUGUGAAAAUGGUGGUCAAUGUUUUCAAGACAAUGCUACAUGUCCUAGUGUAUCAGUAUGUAGUUGUCCAGAUUGUUAUUAUGGAACGAAAUGUCAAUUUUCAACAAAAGGUUUUGUUUUAUCACUUGAUUAUAUUCUUGGUUAUCAUAUUAAACCAAAUAUUUCAUUUUUUCAACAACCAUUAAUUGUUACAAUGAGUAUGGUACUCACAAUAGUAAUGUUCAUUUUUGGC